AUGGGCCCGACAGAGGCUCUUGAUGACGACGCAGGCCCCCCCGCAAAGCGGCCUCGAAUUGACGGGCCGCACGGCGGCCACAUCAUUGGCGCCGAGGGCGGCGAGGCUGCCUCUGCCGCCGCGAGCGAGGCGGCGGCCGCGCCGGCGCAGGCGGCGGUGCCGGCGGCGGAGGCGGGCGGCGUGGCGGCGGCGGCGGACAGCACGGCUGCGCCUGCUCAGGAAGGGACGGCUGAUUCAACGGCGGCGGCGAACGCAGGGGCGGCAGAGGACCGUGCGGCAGCCUCUGCUGGGGAAGCUGAGGAGCAGCAGGCGGCCGCGGCUGCAAAGGCAGCUGCGGUGGACCAGGCAGCUGCGGCCGAGGAUGCGGCAGCAGAGGCUGAGCCCGCUACUGCCAACGAGGCUGUCGCGGCGGCGCGGUCUCAGGCGCCAGCCGAGGCCGCGUCAGCGGCAGUGGCCCCCAACGCCGCGGCGCCUGUCGCUCCGCCGGCAGGCGAGGAGGUGCCAGGCGCUGCGGCGGCUGCCAUGGAAGCUGAGGGGGCGGGCAUACUCCCGGACGGCGUGGAAGACGACGGGACGGAGCCUUUCGAUCUCGCGGCUGCGGCGCUGCAGCCCCAGAAGCCCACCAAGAUGCUGGUGAAGCAGCGGCCCGAGCAGUAUGAAGCUGCCAAGAAGCUGCUGGUGGAGCUGCUGCAGGAGCGCCGCGGCGGCUGGGUGACGUGGGCAGACCUGCUGGCCGCCGCCCUGCUGCGCGGCGCAGAGCGGGGCGUUCCGCCGCAGGUGCCGCGGCGGCUGCCACGGCGGCGGCGGCGCGCGCGGGCGGCGUUGCGGUAG